AUGUGCGUCGACUAUCGAGUCGUGAAUAGUUUCAUCCAAUUGUCGAACUACCCACUACCGCUGAUCGACGAUCUCAUCACAGGUUUCGAAGGAAUGAUGUGGUUUAUGAGUCUUGACAUGGCGAGUGGUUUCUGGGCAGUCCGAAUGACUGAAAGAGCUAAGCUGAUAUCGGUGUUUACCUGUCCAUUCGGGCAUUUCCAAUGGACGAUAAAUAAUUGCCUGUGGGGAUUGGUACGGCUAUCACCCGAAGAAGAAGCACUCGUGGACCAGCUCGUGGAUCAGGAUGUGUUAGACUACCUGAAGCUGAAUAUUCAGUCGCCAAGUGAUAGGAUGAACGGCGAACGCAGCAUGACACCACUCGUUUAG